AUGAUGAACCAAUUCACAGGUAUAAUGAAUAUACCAGUGAAAGAAGUCCCAAGGACCCAAACACAACGAAAGAAGAACUGGAAGUGUGGAUUUCAAGGAUGUAACAAGUUGCCAAUGACGAGGUAUAACGCAUACGCACACAUUUGGGAUUCACACGUCAAACCGCAACUGACAGACCCGUCGAAAAACGUCGAGAACAUUUGUUUGACAUCGUUCAAAAAUUUGGAAGAAAGAGACAAAGUCAAAGUGAAGAAAAUGUGUGACAAAUUCAUGAUUAAGUUGGUCGAUAAAACACAAGGGAGACAGACAUAUCCUUUUGCUUUUACAGAGGCAAUGGCGCCAAUUAUAGGGAACGCGCUGAAUAAAAUGCAGAAGGACGAGAACAAGAAAGAAUGUGUGUUAAAACCUGAAUUAUUAACAGUCGAGAAUUAUGAUGUAAAUGCUUCGAGUAAUGAGACGACAACAUCGCCACAUUUUUCGAGUUUGCAGCGUCUUCUAGAAGAGAAAGACGUUGCUGAAUCAGGUGAGAUUAAGAUGGAGUCCGAUGAUGUGAAACCAGACCAAGAAUAUGAUGUCAAUGAUUUACUCAAGAUCAAACGAAUUGGGAAUAAGCUGCAACAACUCCACAUGUUUGGAGAGGUGUUUGCAGAUGAAGGGUUUUUGGUGAGGUCCGAUGAAAAGAGCAAAACUCAUUUUCAGUCGAUUGGAAAUGCAUUAUACGGACUCUCACAAUUGUGUGGAAGGCAAUUUAAGUACUUGACAGACCCACAAAAAGCGGGACCAAGGUACGGAUUCCUGGCUCAAGAGGUGCAACAAGUCUACCCAGACUUAGUGAGUGAAGAUGAGGAGGGAGGACUGAGUGUGGAUAUGAUUGGAGUCAUUCCUAUAAUGGUUGAAGCACUUAAAGAAAUAGAGAAAGAGAGUGACUCACUUGCUUUAAAGACACACAACGAGUUUAAAACACUGAGUUCGACUGCAAAGAACGCAUUGAGGCAAUUGAAUUAUGUUGAAGAUGAGUUCCAUAGACAGAAGUCGACAUAUGACAUUCUGCUUAACAAGAAGAGGGAGUACAGCAGAAAUGACCCCAAACAUUGCUUUGGACCGACUUUGUUUUUGGUGUUCAGUGCCAUAGCAUUUUCUGUAUCUGCACUUAUUGUCCCGUUGAUUAAACCACUGUAUUUGAUAGAGAGUGUAUUGAUUGUGAUUGCGUGUGUCCAGUGGUCCUUUGUGAUAGUAAACAAAGACGAAGUGAAAGAUCUGAUAGUCAAACCCGACUCUUUAUUAACCGUAUUUAAAAACAACGUGUUUUGGAGUUCACUUCAGGUGGUGUCAUGGUCCAUUGUUAUCACUGCUAUCUUUUGUUCAUUUACGAUCUCAUUCAUAGUUGGUGUGAUGGGGAUUUUAAUCUGUGCGUUGUAUGCACUGAUAUUUAUUAGUCUCAUCACACUAACUGCUAUCAUACACUUCAAUUGCUCAAAACAAUUUAGAAGUGUCAUUGCGCUGACCAUUAUGGCGUCUUUCCAUGUCAUUGGGGCAAUUGCACUCAUUUCUCUCAUUUCGAUGCAACCUUACCACGUAUUCGAAAUGACUUCUUUUAAUACAAUCACAUCAGUCCAAACAGGCGUUGGAAGUUCAAUUGUACCAGUCAGCUUCCCUAGCUUGCCAUGGAAUUGUUAUGAUCCAACCUUUUUAUUUAGUGCUCCUCUCCCUUCUAACUUGGAAAUCUCUUUAACAACGAAACGAAUUGGGUUAACAGUACCUUGUCUCAUUGGCGUCGUCUUGAACAGAACAGACUAUGUCGGAAACGUUAUUCUACAAUGUGGAUUCACAAAAAUGGAUUAUACAACUCUUAUCAUUGUGUCAGUCUAA